AUGUCAGAGGAUAGUGAUUUUAAAAUUUUGGAUUACUUGCAUAUGCAACUGAAGCCUGGAUGGACCAAAAAGGGAAUAACUGAAUUCCUGAAAGAAGCAGAAAAGCGCGAAGUUUUAUACACAAGAGCCCGUAGAGAUGAUAUGGAGAAGGCAAUCGCUCAAUUUAGAAGUUCUGCUUUGAAUUUCAUAGCCAGACUACCGACUGAGAUACGAAGUAAACCUUACUUUGAUUGUAUCAACCAGUAUAAUGGGGAUACAGGAGCAAAUUUACUUGACCAGUUGGUGUCUGAGGUAAAAAAGCGUAGUCGACUAGAAUGGGAAGAUUCUGUAAAGACUCGUACCGGAAAAAGACCAUGUAGAGGACAUACUACAAGUAAUUGUCGAAGUGCAAAGACAUCUCAAGCAUCCACUAAUCCACAGUUGUCACAAUGGCCGUCUAUGCCAUUUAUUUCGGAAGAUGGAGAGUUAACAAAUAUUAAUGAUGUCGGUCAAGUUCCAACUCUAAAUACUUCUCAGAUGAAAUCUGGUAGUGGAAAACGGUUACCAAUUGCUUCGACACCAAAAGUUACUGAACUUGAAGGAUUCAUCCCUCCAUCUACUACUUAUCGAGUAACUCGAUCACGUGCGAUCAAUAACCAAACUUCAAGUACAUGUAAAAUGAAUACAACUCGUGUAACUAACACUAAUAUAAAUCAUUAUACAACAGCUAAUGAUACUUUAACCACUAUGGAUAAAACUUUACGACCUAAUUCUACACAAAAAUUAUCUAAAGAAAUGAGAGAUAAAUUAUUAUCGAAGAUUGAUCGUAACAAUAUACAGCUAUCAUCACCGGAAGCACAGCAUCUACGUAAUCUUAUUGUAACACUUCAAGAUGCAUUGAACCGUCAUAUUCAAUCAAGAAGAAAAUGAAAAAGCAAGUCAAUGCUUGACGCAAACUUGUCUCUGUUUUAUAACUUUGUGCAAUCAAUAACUUGUCCAGAUUUCAUAAGUGUAAAGAAAAUAUGAUAAUUUAGUUGUGUUAAUGUUAUUA